CUUAGCGAGCGCCCGGCGGGCAUGGCCCGAGCCCUGCUGCUGCUCCUGAUGGCGGGCGCCUGGCUGGGCCCGCGGCCGCCGGCGGCCCGGAGUCAGGAGGCGCCGCAGACCCCCGACUGGAGGAUGACGCUGAAGACCAUCCGGAACGGCGUACACAAGAUCGACGUGUACCUCAACGCGGCGCUCGACCUUCUGGGCGGCGAGGACGGCCUCUGCCAGUACAAGUGCAGCGACGGAUCAAAGCCCUUUCCUCGCUAUGGAUAUAAGCCUUCACCACCAAGUGGUUGUGGAUCGCCUCUAUUUGGAGUUCAUUUUGACAUUGGGAUCCCUUUGAUGACAAAGUGCUGCAAUCACCAUGAUAGAUGUUAUGAUACCUGUGGCAAUAAAAAAAAUGACUGUGAUGAGCAAUUUCAGUCCUGCCUCUCCAAAAUUUGCAGAGAUGUGCAGAAAACACUAGGAAUAUCAGAGAACGUAAAGGCUUGUGAAUCAAUUGUUCAGCUGUUGUUUGAUGCAGUUAUACACUUAGGAUGUAAGCCAUACCUUGACAGCCAGAGAGCUUCAUGUAUGUGUCACUAUGAGGAUAAGACAGAUCUCUGAAAGGCAUGGAUGUCCUGCAAUUUGGAAUGAAGUAAAACAACUGGAAUGAAGCAAAACAACUGGAAUGAAGCAAAUGUUUUACACUUCUCAGGCCUGACACAAAUGGUGGUGUUUUUUUUUUUUUAAAAAAAAAAAAAAGAGACUAUCGUGAAGUCAUCCGUAAAGGAGGACCAGUGCGUGAAGAGCAGGCACAUGAAGACCAGCUUCAGCCCAUCACCCAGGAGAUCUCAAUGAAGAGGUCGGCUGACUUACCGAAGACCAGGUCAGAGUCAGCAGCCAGAUGGAAGCCACCAUUUGGUAUUCCAGGUCCACCUCAAAGCUCAGCUCUUUGGGGCAGCUCUCCUCAUUGCAGACCACCAGCCAAAUGAGCCUGAUGGCUUUGAAGAUGGGCAGGAUGUUGCCCAGAUAGAUGUCCCUGAAGCUGAGCUCCUCCAGCACCUUCCCUGUCAACUUGGUCUGGAGCAGCUUUCAGACUCCACCUUAAUCUUAUUCAUCACCCAGUUCCUGGCCAGGGCUAUGUCCCUGAGCUCCCUGAAGAGAAAGAGGAAGAUGGCACUGAGGAGGUGGAACAUCUCAUUGCUGGAGGUGGGAUCUGGAGGGGGCUCUGGCUGCAGUGGUAGCAUAGUGCUGGGCUCUAGGCCUGCAGUAAGAGCUGAGGCAGCCAGCGCUGAUGCUGGGACUGGCUCUGGGGUUGCUUAGCUGCCUGGUGUAUCAUGUCAUCAGCUGUCAUCAGCUCUGGCCACUCUGGGAGGCUCCAGCAUCUUCCUGUAGAGGAGCAGGAGCGUGAGGAAGCAGUUGGCCAGCACCAAGAACAAGAUGUCAUACACUAGCAGCAUCGUUGCCCUGAGUGCACCAACACUCAUGGCAUAACGUUGAGAGGUGCCCCUGCUUGAGGACCCAGCGCCAUGCAGGAGAGCUUAAGAAGCUGUCUGUGCCGCUCACUAGUUAUGAGGUAAGAUGAAUGACUCAUAGUCAUACUUUGUUUUUUGGUGCAUGCUUGGCACUCAGCUGUUGAACCAGGUGUCUUCUAUCCAUUCUUUCAGCCUCCCAGUUUGAGACAGAUUUGUGGUUGUUAAUCUGUCUUAGAGAGUGUUACCAGUACUGUUGCUCAUUGUCUUCCUAUGCAAGGCCUUAUGUACAAGGCCAAGCUGAAGGAGGAAACUGAGAGAAAGAAAGAAGUGGUGGGGGGAGCACUCCAUUACAUGAGUACUGUCCCUGCAGCAGCAGUAGGGAGUCUGGAGGUUUUCAGGAAAUGUGUAGAUGUGGCACUUAAGGACAUGGUUUAGUGGGCAAGGUGGUGAUGGGUUGAUGGUUGGACUAGAUGAUCUUGGACGUCUUUUCCAACCUUAAUGACCUAUAUUAAACACUGACAUGAAUGUAUUGGUUUGAAAGUCACUAUGCUAUUCUUCCUCCUGUUUAAAAAAUAGAAAAAAAGUGUUAAAUCUUCCUUGUCUUCUCCUUUACACUACAAGCUUGGAAACUGAAAUCAGAGGCCUUUGGUGUAUGUACAUUCAGGGUAUGCUAUUGUAAAACACAAGUGCUAUUUUCAAUUUAAAAAUAUAUAUAAGGAAUCUGCAUAGUGGGGAAAUCAGAGGUGCAGAAGAGUUGAAUCUCAGAUUAUUUUUCAUAUAGGCCAAGUGUUAGGUUUCCAAGCAGCUGAUGCAUCUGAUAGAUAACAACAGGAAAGAGAGUUCCAUGGAGUUAAAAUAGCACCUUGAACAGUCCUUCACCAUGACUAGAUGCAUUCAGGUCUCUCUGAUGUGCUCCGUCCUGUGGGUUUGUUUUAAAACAAAUGAACAAAAACACCCUAAGCAAGGUAUAUAUAUCUGCUCCAUAUAGUUCUGCCUGAUUCAGUAUCAAGCUUAUUUCUUCAGCACUCUUCAGAUCAGUAUGUUGGUCCUUUUAAGGACUGACUCCUAAAAUGAACAGUUUGUGACCUAAGGAUAUACUUCUGAUUUGACAAAAUGCUGGAACGUAGUUGUAAUGUUACAUAAUUUUAAAAAGGAUUCAAGCGUUUUAUUUUUCAAAUAAAACAUUGCAUUGUGUAUUAUAUGCGUAGAAAGGAUAUACUGUUCAAAGAGGUUGACUUAUAUUUGUCUCAUGGCACAACUUCAGUUACUGUAUUCAUGUUUGCUGCCAUUUAGUCCCUUCUGAUUGAAAACUAGAAGAAGGUUCCACGGAUAGAGUCAGCAUUCCCAACAAACUUUUUUAUUUAAAAUGCCCUCUGCGAUGCUGACAGAAACUUGAGCUUGUAUUUCUGUCAUCUUUUCCCAUGACCUCUGUGAGGCUGACAGACAUCUGAGCCUUUAUUUCUGUCAUCUCUUCCAUGUCUGCUGUAGCAGAAAUCAUCUGAUGUCUGAAUUAUUUGGGGUUUGCCCUCUGUACUGAUCUUUUGUUGCUAAUCUACAGUUGUCAGACCUCAGUUAACUUUUGCAUUGAGUUCUGUCCUGCUGGCCUGAUUUGCCUUAGAAAUCCACAGAAUAUGAUUGAAAAUCAAAAUAUUGCAUCCAUUAACAGGAAGAAUAAACUAUGCAGAAAGCCUAAAGUUUACUUAACUCAUGGAUUGUAAUGUGAUUUCUCUUCUGGAAGUAUUUUCAUAUGUUUUUGCUUUACUACUUUUUUGUGGUAUUUUUGUUUUGUUUUUCACUGAAGCUUACUGUAUGUGACACAAUAUAAGUGUCUCAUAAAAUAAAAUUCCUGCCAAAGUUCCUUG